AUGACGACUACAAGGCCGAAACGUAGUAGGCCUUAUAACUGCCGUGACAAAAAGAGCACACACGAUCACGGGCAAAGUCAGACACGGCCCGACACUGAGGAGAGUGUCCAGCUGCCACGAAAAAAAGUAAGAUGGGAGGGCAAUUCGGAAUCAGUUACAACGGCAGCCGACGCGGAGAAUAGUAGUUCAGAGGACGAUGCGAGCUCAUCGAAGAUUUGCUUGACAAUCUCUUGCCAAUCAGGACGCGUUGCAGGCGCAUACUAUGAUCCUAUCAGGUGUAUAGUCUAUGUGCUUGAAGACACGCAAGAGGAUGCUCAUCUCGAUCUUACGAAUAUGUUUCUCGAACAAUGCAACGCUGACGUAGUGUUGACCAGCUCCAAAGCCGAUGACCCGUUUAUAUCGGUACUCCAGAAAUAUGCCAAUGACUCAGCUGAAGCUUCUGGAGGGGUCUUUCAAAUCAGACCACACAAAGAAUUCUCUCCUCACAGAGGGAGAGAUCGCUUGCUGUCCCUCCGUUUUCUCUCCGAGCUCAGAACCGAAGAUCCUGGUCAAUGUUUGCCAUUCGACGGCAGCUCAGGCUCUGAGCCAAGAAAUGCAUAUGAGUUUAUGCAGAAACGCAAACAGGCAGCAGGCGACCCAACUAUGAAAAGAUGGAAUGCGGCAAUUAGGUUGGCCAACUAUGCAUCGUCGGAAUCUUCUCCUCUCUGUAUUUCGUGCCUCGGCGCUUUGCUCGACUACCUUGCGAGGGAGCGAGCAGCGAGCGACCUGGAUGACGAUGCGGGGGUCGAGGGGCUCAACAUCUCCAGUAUCGAAGCCUUGUCCAUAGAUAAGGUCAUGCAUAUCAAUGCUGAUGCACUUUUUUCCCUUCAGAUUUUCCAAAACGAGAACCACGCGUCCAUUCACUCGGAUAAGACAAAGGAAGGUUUGUCGCUUUUUGGUAUCCUUGACAAUACUCGGACACCCUUGGGUCGUUUAUUGCUCCGCACCUGGCUCAUGCGCCCAUCUCUAUCCAUCCCUGUUAUAGCAGCUCGCCAUGACGCUAUUGAAUGCUUUUUACAUCCAGAGAACUUAGCACCUGCGAGCGCUUUGCAAACUCACUUGAAGGGUAUCAAGAACAUUCCGAGGAUCCUCGGGCUCCUGCAGUCCGGGAAAGCUGGCGUUGGUGAUUGGCAAGGUCUAGUGAAGUUCACGUAUCACUCUGCAAUGCUACGCGACGCCCUCACAGAACUUCACCGAGGUGAUCAAGUAGAAGUUGUACGAAAGUUGGUUGUGUCGUUGGACAUUGCAAGCUUCAAGGAGAUCGGAAAUGCUGUCAACGAGACGAUCGACUGGGAGGAAUCCACCAGCAAUAAUCGCAUAUGCGUUAGGCCGUAUAUCGACGACGAACUAGAUCAGAGGAAACACGUUUAUGCUGGAUUGGACGCUGUAUUGUGCAAGGUCGCCGAGCAAAUAUGCCAACAGAUUCCUGGGGAUUACGCGAAGUCUCUGAACGUGGUAUAUUUUCCACAGCUAGGCUUUUUGAUAUGCGUUCCGAUGCAGGAGGAAUGGAGGUCCGAGGAGGGCAUCAAAGUUCUAGACGGAUGGAGCUUCCAGUUCUCCUCAGAGCGAGUCAAAGACAUGGACACGCACAUCGGUGAUAUCCACCCGUCAAUAGUCGACCGCGAAAUAGAGAUCGUCCAAGAGCUCUUGGAACGGAUCCUUGUAUUCAGUGAUGGGAUGAGACGCAUCUGUGACGUAUGUGCCGAACUCGACUGCCUGCUUGCCUUCGCCGAGGCUUCUCGGGCAUACAAUUACUGUCGGCCUCAGAUGACGGUGGAUCCGAUCAUCGACAUCGAUCAAGGACGGCAUCCCUUACAAGAGCAGGUAGUCGACAUUUUCGUUCCCAAUAAUGCUCAGCUCGUAGCUGGUGUCGGUUUUGGUGAUAGUACUGAACGGCAGACAGAGGUAGGCCAUCUACAAACGUGGAGCAGCGUUGUUUUAUGCACUGGCGCGAAUGCGUGCGGAAAGAGUGUCUACCUGAAACAGGUUCAAUCCGCCUUCAUGAUCGAUCUCAACCAGGUUUCCCUAGCCCUCCGAAAUUAUGGGACUGGGCUAUUUUUCGGGGUCAUAAAGCACCUUCUCAAUCGAGGGUCUCAGUGUCCCAAGGUUUUAGCUGCUACACAUUUCCACGAAGUCUUCCAGAAGAACAUGCUCGAUCCCCGCGGGUUUCCGAUCACGUUCCUCCACAUGCAGGUCCUCUUCACUUCAAGCCAAGGCAACAUCCUCAAUCCUGGUGACACGUCGAUACCAGGAGACUCAGAAUCAACUAAUCACGAAAAACUGGACCCUACAUCUGUUGUUGCCCCUGGAGAAAAGAUCACUUAUCUUUAUCGCGUCUCCCCGGGUCUUUCCUGCAACUCACACGCAGCUCAAUGUGCCACGAUGUUUGGUUUGCCGUCUCGUAUUGCACAGCGUGCGCAGUACGUCAGCAAAUUAGUGGGCGACCAUGAACUCGGGCAACUCUUGGAGGAGAAAAUGACCACGGAGGAGCAAGAAAAAAUCGAAGCCGCUGGGAUCGCCACCUACAGAUUUCUGGCCAUGGACCUCACGAACGAUCAAGGUUCCCAUGAAGAAGAUAUCAAAACGAGGCUUGUAGAGGCGCUUGGUCGGGCUUUACCUGAAUGA